GGAAGCUACGCGACUAGCAGUGGCGAAGGCUGCUGUAUCGGCAGCAUGAAGCGGACCCCGACAGCCGAGGAACGAGAGCGCGAAGCUAAGAAACUGAGGCUUCUUGAAGAGCUUGAAGACACUUGGCUUCCUUAUCUGACCCCCAAAGAUGAUGAAUUCUAUCAGCAGUGGCAGCUGAAAUAUCCUAAACUAGUUCUCCGGGAAGCCGCCAGCGUCCCUGAGGAGCUCCAUAAAGAGGUUCAAGAAGCCUUUCUCACGCUGCACAAGCACGGCUGCUUAUUUCGGGACCUGGUGAGGAUCCAAGGCAAAGAUUUGCUCACUCCAGUCUCUCGCAUCCUCAUUGGUAACCCCGGCUGCACCUACAAGUACCUGAACACCAGGCUCUUUACGGUACCCUGGCCAGUGAAAGGCUCUGAUGCAAAGUACCACGAGGCCGAAGUAGCUGCCGCCUGUCAAACCUUCCUCAAGCUCAACGACUACCUGCAGGUAGAGACCAUCCAGGCUUUGGAAGAACUCGCUGCUAAGGAGAAAGCCAAUAUCGAUGCCGUGCCAGUGUGUAUAGGUCCGGAUUUCCCCAGGGUUGGCAUGGGGUCAUCCUUUGAUGGACAAGAUGAGAUAGACAUGAAGAACCGAGCAGCCUACAACGUAACUCUGUUGAAUUUCAUGGAUCCUCCGAAAAUGCCAUACCUGAAAGAGGAACCGUAUUUUGGCAUGGGGAAAAUGGCCGUGAGCUGGCAUCACGAUGAAAAUCUGGUGGACAGGUCAGCGGUGGCAGUGUACAGUUAUAGCUGUGAAGACCCUGAAGAGGAAAGUGAGGAUGACCCUCAACUCGAAGGCAGAGAUCCUGAUAUUUGGCACGUUGGUUUUAAGAUCUCAUGGGACAUAGAGACACCUGGUUUGGCGAUACCCCUUCACCAAGGAGACUGCUACUUUAUGCUUGAUGAUCUCAAUGCCACCCACCAACACUGUGUUUUGGCUGGUUUACCACCUCGGUUUAGUUCCACCCACCGAGUGGCAGAGUGCUCAACGGGGACCUUGGAUUACAUCUUACAGCGCUGCCAGUUGGCCCUGCAGAAUAUCCGUGAUGAGGCGGACAAUGGUGAGGUCUCUUUGAAAUCCUUGGAGCCAGUGGUUUUGAAACACGGAGAAGAAAUCCACAACGAGGUCGAGUUUGAGUGGCUGAGACAGUUUUGGUUUCAAGGCAAUCGAUACAAAAGGUGCACCGAUUGGUGGUGUCAACCUAUGACUCAGCUGGAAGAGCUGUGGAAGAAGAUGGAAGGCCUGACAAAUGCUGUGCUUCGGGAAGUUAGAAGAGAGGGAACCCCUGUAGAACAAAGGAAUGAGAUCUUGACGGCCAUCCUUGCCACACUCACCGCUCGCCAGAACCUGAGGAGGGAAUGGCAUGCCAGGUGCCAGUCCCGAAUUGCCCGAACUCUACCCGCGGAUCAGAAGCCAGAGUGCCGGCCGUAUUGGGAAAAGGAUGAUCCUUCGAUGCCUCUGCCGUUUGAUCUCACAGAUAUCAUUUCCGAACUCAGGGGUCUGCUUCUGGAAGCCAGACCCUAGAGAAAGAGCACAAGUCUUAGGUGGAGGAGCAAAGGCUGUCUUUGACUUCUCUCCUCCAACCUUGUCAUGGGCUUAGGCAAGGGGAUUAUGGGUAGACUGGGCCUUGGGAUUGUAGACCCUGGGUCCCAGUUGGAAACAGCUAGGGAACGGAGCCUAUGAAUAUUAAAAUGUUUAAAAGUGA